AUGGGGGAUUUACUUAGCUCGUGGGACGUCACGGCCGUCUCGAAGGCGUCUAGCCAGUUGAGCAUGAGGUCCACCGUACCCAGCAGGAAAUCCUCCGCCUCUUGGCGCGCAGCGUGGGCCUCCUCCGCGCGCUCGGACAGCAGCUCUCGCACCACCCUCGCCUCUAGCCCCNGCCCGUGCCACAUCUCGUACGGCGACUUCGGCGACUUUUCUGAGCUGGAUGUGGUUGAGGUGCAGUUCAGGGCGUUGCAUGACCAGGCUAUGGCCUCAGCCCAAAGAGAUGGGGUAGUUCGGUGCUCCGGGGUAAAGAGUUGGCGCUUGGAUACGGGCGGCUAGUGCUGCAUCCUUGAUCAGACCCAGUGCUCUCUCAGCUACACCGUUGUAUUCUGGGCUGUGCGCGAGGGUGAACUCUUGUUUGAUGCAGUACUUCCGGCACACCCUGCCGUACUCUCCCUAAAAAAACUCUCCUCCGUUGUCAGAUCUCACGACCAUGACAUCGGACGGGGCACCGUCUGCCCGGUUUUCGGCAAGGUACCUCCCGAAUGCCUCAGCUCUGUCUGAUUUGUGCUUCAGGAAAUAGACACGGUUCGACCUUGUGUGAUCAUUCUUGACAAUGAGAGUAUACCACCCCCCAAGCUCUGCACCCUAGCUUUUCCACUCAAAUCCACGAAAACUCGCUGCAGUUUCUUUACUGCUCGGGUCGACGUCUUAAUGGGGUUGGGCUUGCCAAGCCCCUUCGCCGUCGAGCACCCCAAGCACUACCGGAGCUCGCCAACCAGCGUCGUCCCUUGCUGCUUCGCCGUGGUCCUCAGCAGCACCUCGUGGGAGUGGCCGUGCGCGCAGUGGAAAUCGUUGAUGUCAACGGGGGUGCUGGGCGCUUUCGCGUUGCCAGGAGCAAUUGCGGCACAGGCAUGUUCGGUGUGUGUGCGGAAACCGUUUUGGACGUACAGGUUACCGCAUCGGGGGAAGUACACCACCUCCCCCCCACUUCUCUCCAACUCCAACUCGUGUUUAUCUAGGGUUUUGAUUUCGAACCCGUCGUCGAAGAGGAAAGUGAGAGAUGCUAGGUUGUAGUCUAGUCGGGGAACGUGUACAACCCGUUUCAACAACAGGUCGAUUGUACCGUCACGCGAGCUAAGAGUGGCCGUCACGUCGCCAUACCCUACGAUAGGGAAGGUUCCUUUGGCGGCGACGCGCACACGUCGAUCACACUCUUCGUAACGAAUGAACCCAUCUGAGUUCGCGAACAUGUGGGUGGUAGCGCCGGUAUCGGCAACAUACCUACCCCGCCUAGCCUGCUCUACACCCCCUCGACCAACGACUUUGUGACACUCGCCUGAGAUGUCACCGACCACCAGCGCUUCUUCUGCCACGUCCGGUGCUGUGGCGUCCGCAAACGCUCCCCCCGCCGGCACUUCCACCACGAGCACCGCCUCUUCGAUCGGGCUCUUGCUCUUGUCGUGCCCGUAGCCCUUGCAUGUCUCACAUCGCACGGGCUUGCUCUCGGGGCAGUUGGCCACCUGGUGGCCCUUCUUACCGCACCGGAAACAGCGACCGCGCAUGCUACCCGCAUCGUCACCGCCGCCUCCGCCGCCGCCACCAGCCUUCGCGCCACCCCGUCUCCCCUUCUGGUUGCCGCCGCCGCC